AUGGAGGGGCAGAAGAACCUACCAAAGGAGGGAGACAAGGGAACCGAUGACUUGAAAAAGUCAAAGGGAACCGAAGCUCAAAAUCCUGAGGACAAGGGGCAAGAACCUCCAUGUAAGAAAACUCAUUGGGUACCGACCUACAGGGACGUGGUAACCGAUGAUAAAAAAGUGGCUCUGGUCCUCGCAGGCUACCCCACUAACAAGUUGACCACAGAGCAGGGGCUACUCAUUGAGUCUUGUGUUGGAGACUUGAUACUGUCGGGUACUGAUGGAACCGACGUACCAAGGUUUGAAGACACCAGACUCACUGAUGGAGCACUUGUGAUCAGUGCAGCCCAAGAGAGCUCUCUUAAGUGGCUCACUGACCAUGUCAACUUGAUAAAACCUUGGGACGGUGCAGAACUCCAUUUGGAAGCCUACAACCCGAUCAAGUAUAAACGGAUGGUCACUCACAUACCAGGGCUGCCAAAAGAUUCCAAGAAGAUCAUGGAAAUUUUGGCAAAACAAAACCCAGGGCUGAACACGGCGAUCUGGAAAGUCCACCAUGAGACAGAGGUUGGCCCGAAAGGACAAACUCUGUUUCUAAGUGUGGACGAAAACAGCAUGGUCAAACUGGAGGAACUGAAGCGCAGUCCAUAUUUUGGAAUGGGCAGAGUUUGCUUCACAGAUUAUGUUGCCAAGCAGCCACCAGCCCGGAAGGAUGGUCUUAGUUUAAGUGGAUGUGAAGAUGCAAUGUUUUGUAAAAAAAUUGAAACCCAAUUAAAAGAAUUUUUCCCAGAACUCACUGAUGAAGUUAUUGUUGUAAGUGAUACAUUAGCUCCAAUUGCUCUUGCUUGCCAGUCAGGAGGAGCUGUUAUAAUAUCUGGAACAGGUUCUAACAGUCUUUUAGUAAAUCCUGAUUUUACUACAAAACGAUGUGGAGGUUAUGGCCAUUUACUUGGUGAUGAAGGAAGUGCUUAUUGGAUUGCACAUAAAAGUAUAAAAACAUGUGUGGACCAUAUAGAAGAGUUAAAUUGUGCACCAAAUAAUUAUUCAAUUGAUAAUGUAUGGAAAGCUAUAAAAAAUCAUCUGAAAAUUAAUACUGAAGUCGACUUAUUUAGUAUUUUCUAUGGAGAAGACAUGGAAAAAUCACGAAUUGCUAGUCUGUGCAAAAAAAUUGCUGAUCUAGCAUUAAAAAGAGAUGAAUUGAGUUGUUGGAUUUUUAAAGAAGCAGGGAAAGAAUUAGCAAAAUUAGUUCAAACCCUAUAUCCAAGUGCUCACAAAGUUUUACACAAAGAAAAUGGAGGAUUACAUGUAGUAUGUGUUGGUUCUGUGUGGAAAAGUUGGGAUUUGCUCAAAAAUGGUUUUAUUGAACAACUUCAAAAUAAUUCAAGUAAAGGAUUUGUACAAGAAUUUACUCUGGUUGUAUUAGAUAAAACUGUAGCUCUUGGUGGAGUAUACCUAAUCGCAAAGAAAUUAAACUAUGAAUUUCCUUUUGAUUAUGAACACAAUUACAAAAUAUUGUUCCAUUAUGUGCAUAAUCCAAAUGUUUCACAAUAAUGUUCAAUAAUAAUUUUAAUUAUUUCAGUUUUAAUACUCAGUAUAUGAUAGUUAAUUUUUUUUUAUUACUGUUAAUAAAUUAUUGAUGAUAAAAACUCAAUAUUGUAGAAAUAAAAGUAAAAAUUUACUCGUUUUAGAGUGGAUUAAAUUUUUUUUGUUAAUAAAUCAAA